AAACACGUAUCAAAAAUUAGCUUUUCGUGUCGUCGUAAAGCAUAUCUAAUGAUUGACACAGAUUUGCGGUACCUACUCAAUGUUUUAUUACCUGCACUUACAAUUAACCCAUUCUGAUAAUAUUAUUCUGCCUAGCCUCUCCAGAAAGAUCUCGACUACAUCAUUUUAAACAAUAAUUUAUUUGAAAAAUAGUAUUACUUUACAAGUAUGAUGUUUUACAAACGAAAUGGGUUUUUCAUUAGAAGUGACACGAAAGACUAAAUAAUCACGAAUUAGGAAAGCUCAUAAUACCAAAUUGUCACUUAUAUAUUUUCCUGCGAUAUUUUUACGUUGUUACAUAGCCAACUGCACUGCCAAGUCGACAGUGGUUGUAGAAAAACAUUGUGUGCUCUGCAAAGACACAUAUUAAUAUAGAUAUGACUAGUGGUUUGUUUUUCUAAUGAUGUUUGACAAAGACAGUGUAAACAACGUGUGUGUUGUGAUCCAUGUGGAAUAAGGAAACGUGUGUUGUUGGAAUAAACAUAAUAGCAUGGGUAAAGCCAAGAAAAUAAAACUUGGGAGAAGAGCUCCGAAGGUAGCUUUAGACAAGCAAAUUGAAGAGGACCAGUUUGCUAAACCAAGUAACCGCACGAAAAGUAGGAUUCGGAAGGACGAAGACGACAAUUUUGUUGAAGCUAAUCUGUCACAGAAAAUUCUUCAACAAGCCCGAGAACAGCAACAAGAGCUUGAAGAAGAUGCUGGGACUGCAUCAAAGAAAAAUCCUAUUUUGCCAAAACUUGGAAAUGAUGCAACAGGAGAAUCAGCUGAUGAAAUUGACUCUGAUGAUGACUUGUCUGUGGCAGAUUAUUCAGAGAUAAAAGUGGAUGAAAAUGAUGUUGAAGAUUACGAGAGAUUUAUGAACAAAAAUCCAGAGCCACAACGCACACUAGGUGAUGUAAUUGCAGAAACAAUAGCUCAGAAGCAAACUGAGCUGCAGACCCAGUUCUCUGAUGCAGGAAGUAUUCUUAUGCAAGAUCUAGACCCAAGACUCAAACAGAUGUAUGAAGGUGUAAGGGAUGUGCUUUCCAAAUACCGUUCUGGAAAGCUCCCCAAAGCGUUCAAGAUAAUACCUCAUCUUCGGAACUGGGAACAAAUACUUUAUAUAACAGAUCCACCAAAGUGGAGUGCUGCAGCCAUGUACCAAGCAACUCGAAUAUUUGCUUCGAAUUUGAAGGAGAAAAUGGCACAACGUUUCUACAAUUUGGUCUUGCUACCUCGCAUUCGUGAUGACAUAUGUGAAUACAAACGGUUGAAUUUCCAUUUAUAUCAAGCUUUGAGAAAGGCCUUAUUUAAACCUGGAGCUUUUAUGAAAGGCAUGCUUUUGCCUUUGUGUGAGAGUGGAACGUGCACCUUGAGGGAAGCCAUAAUAUUCGGCUCUGUUAUAGCUCGUAAUUCAAUACCUAUACUGCAUUCUUCAGCAGCUAUUCUUAAGAUUGCAGAAAUGGAUUACAAUGGUGCCAAUUCCAUAUUUUUAAGAAUAUUUUUGGAUAAAAAGUAUGCUUUACCAUACAGAGUUGUUGAUGCUGUUGUAUUUCACUUCCUAAGGUUUGAGCGUGAUCGCCGUGAGCUUCCAGUUCUAUGGCAUCAAGCUCUGCUAACUUUUGUUCAACGCUAUAAAGGAGACAUAAGCUCAGAACAAAAAGCAGCUCUUCUUGGGCUGCUACGAUAUCAAAGUCAUCAGAGUAUCACUCCUGAAGUGCGGCGGGAACUUCAAGCUGCCCGCUGCCGUGAUGAAGAGGUGGCAGAACCUAUGCUGUAGAACUGGACUUCACAACUGCUGUUGUUUGCUGUAUAAGUUCCGGAAUUAUAAUACAACUGUAUACAUUGUACAUAAGUUUUCUCAUUAAAUGGGGCAUUUUUUCAAAAAUGCCAAAUCAAUGAAAUA